AUGGCCUCCCUCUUCCAGCAAUCCAUGCCCUCCACCGGCCCCGGCUACUCCUUCGCCUCCGCACCCACCCACCACUCCUCAAGCGGUCCCCGCCAACACGCCUUCUACCCCUACACCGACAACGGCGGCUCCACCCUCGGCAUCAGCGGCGCCACCUUCACCAUCCUCGCCGGCGACACGCGCAGCACCUCGGGCUACAACAUCAACUCCCGCUACGCACCGAAACUCUUCCGUAUCGGCGGCGACGGCCCCGAAAACGAAGGCGCGCGCAUUGUCCUCUCCGUCGUCGGCUUCGCGGCGGACGGCAACGCGCUGAAGGAGCGCCUCGACACCAUGGUGAAGAUGUACCGGUACCAGCACGGGAAAGAAAUCAGCGUGCACGCGUGCGCGCAGCGGCUGAGCCACAUCCUGUACGGGAAGCGCUUCUUCCCCUACUACGUGACGGCGAUUCUGGGGGGGCUGGACGACGAGGGGAAAGGCGCGCUGUACUCGUACGAUCCCGUGGGGAGCUACGAGCGGGAGCAGUGCAGGGCGGCGGGGGCGGCGAGCAGCUUGAUCAUGCCGUUCUUGGAUAAUCAGGUCAAUUUGAAGAACCAGUACGAUCCGGCGAGCGGGGAGGGGUUGGAAAAGGUGAUGAGGGUGCCGGAGCCGCUGCCGCAGGAGACCGUGGAGCAGUUGGUGCGGGACGCGUUUACGAGUGCGGUGGAGCGGCAUAUUGAGGUCGGUGAUGGGUUGCAGAUGAUGAUCAUCACCAAGGAGGGGGUGCAGGAGACGUUCACGCCGCUGAAGAAGGACUGA